AUGGCGAACGAGUCUGCUAUGACGCCUGCCAAGUCGAAGUCUGUAUUUGGCUACCUUAACGAUUGGGGCACCAACUCGCUUCCUCCCUCUCUCCUGGCAACCCUCAUCACGGCCCUCCACGCCCGGCCCCCAAGCCUGCCCCUCUUCCUCUUCACCCCUCCUCUGCUCUUCUCAUCCUACCUGAACCUGUCAGGAUACCAGACCGGCAGUGCUGGUUUGACAGCUGCCUGGUCUGGACUGUACGUGUUGCUGGCCCUGCGUCGUCGUCAGCCUUUCCGGGGCCGCUUCUCCAUCCGUGGUGCCGUGCGUGGCACUGCGCUCGGUUUGGGUGCGGCUAAUUGUGUUGCGGGAGGAUGGGUUUACGCCAAUGGGGAUUUCGAUAAAGAUGCUACUGCAAGGGAGGAGAGGAACCGCUGGGGCAACUAG